AUGCAUGACACAGGACGUGACAUAUUCAAUUUCGGUGAUGUUAUUGUGAAAUAUGAUACAGUCGUCGGUGAACAUGGUGUUCAACUAAGUGGUGGUGAAAAGCAACGUGUUGCCUUGGCUCGUGCUCUUGUCAAACAGCCAGCCUUGCUUUUGUUGGAUGAAGCAACAAGUGCUCUUGAUAAUGCCAAUGAAAGGAUCGUCCAAGAAGCACUCAAUCAAGCUUGUAAAGCUGAAUGCGCUCGACGUCAUGGUUAUAAAGAACUUGACGAUGAAGAUAAAUACACUGCGUUUGCUGUAUCUGGCUCAAAAUUGACUGAACGUAUUCGUGCUAAUGCUUUUGCACACCUUUUGCGUCAAGAAAUAGCUUUCUUUGAUCGUCUUGAAAAUAGUUCUGGAGCAAUUUGUAAUCGUCUCUCAUCUGAUGCGUUGGCUAUUCAGCAGAUGGCUGGCGCUCGUCUAGGCAUCGUUUGUGAAUCAAUUGCGAUGUUUGGAGUUGGUUUUGUUCUCGCAGUUUUGUUCAGUUGGCAAUUGACUUUAAUCGCACUCUGCUACAUUGUCUCUUUAUUUGUUCUUGCUUUCAUACAAAUACGUUGGCAAGCACUAUUGAAUAAACGUUCUGAUUGUAUUCUUGGAGCAGCAAGUUCGGUAAGACCAACAUUUCGAUUAUAA